UCAAAGGUCAUGUUUACAAAAUCAAUUGUCAAAAACAAUAGAUUUUAAGAUGUCAAAAAUGAUACAAACAGAAGAUAAGAUACCGCUCCUUGGCAGUACAAGUUCUAUUAAGGAACCACCCAAAGGAUGGGGUUACAGACAUUUGUUGGCAUUUCUGGCAUUCCUGGGUUUCUUCAAUGUUUACUGUAUGCGAGUUAAUCUCAGCGUAGCGAUGGUAGACAUGGUGAAGCCACAGCACAAGGACGAUCAAAACUCUACAGAUAACGAGUGCCCUGACCACAGUUUGAACAGUACAAAUAGUAAUGAUGGAGAAUUUGAGUGGAGUACAGAUCUACAAGAUUAUAUUCUCGGAUCAUUUUUCUACGGAUACAUUCUUACCCAGAUCCCCGGGGGCUGGAUGGCUGAAAAGUUUGGAGCCAAGUGGUUGUUUGGGCUUGGUGUAUUGUGUACAGCGGUACUCACGCUAGUGACCCCAAUAGCAGCAAGGUUCCAUGUAGGGGUUUUUAUUGCAGUGAGAGUGCUCGAGGGGCUUGGAGAGGGUGUGACAUUUCCCGCUAUGCAUGCUAUGUGGGGCAAAUGGGGUCCACUUUAUGAACGAUCUAAACUCACUGGAUUCUCCUAUGCAGGUGCCCAGCUUGGAACUGUUUUUGCACUGCCAAUUUCUGGUUGGUUAUGUGAUCAGAAAUCAUUUGCUGGUGGAUGGCCUUCGGUUUUCUACGUCUUUGGUGGUAUAGCAUGUCUAUGGUUUAUCGUUUGGACAUUAUUGGCUUACAAUACACCUGCUGAUCACCCAAAAAUUUCCAAAGAAGAAAGAGAAUAUAUAGAAUCAACCGUUGGUGUAAAGGAGGACAUUUCAACACCAUGGGGAGCUAUUGUGACCUGCCCUGCGGUCUGGGCUGUGUGUAUUGCCCAUCUGUCCAACAACUGGGGCUUCUAUACCAUGCUAACAACUCUGCCCAGUUAUAUGAAGAAUGUUCUCAAAUUUGAUAUAAAAACUAAUGGAUUAUUAUCGGCAUUACCAUAUUUAGGAUGUUGGAUAGGGCAGAAUACAUCUGGUAUCAUAGCAGAUUACCUACGUAGCAACGGGUACCUUUCUACAGUGACUACGCGAAGAAUGUUUACUUUUUUUGGUCUAGCAGUUCCUGGUGUUUUGAUGAUACUUAUACAGUUUGCGGGCUGUAACCAGACAGCUGCCGUUGCUAUGCUGGUAUUAUGUCUAACUGCAGGAGGUUUCACUAUGGGAGGUUUUCAGGUCAAUCAUAUAGAUUUGUCACCAAAUUUUGCAGGGGUCCUCAUGGGUAUGUCAAAUACUUGGGCAACAAUUCCUGGAUUCCUGGGACCUGCAGUGGUUGGCUGGCUGACACAUAAACAUGACACAAGAGCACAGUGGCAGAUAGUGUUCUACAUCGCAGCUGCAGUAUACCUGUCUGGUGCUGUACUGUACUGCUUGUUGGCGCGUGGUUCCGUGCAGGACUGGAACGAACCUGUGAGGGGAGUGACUUUCAAACAUGGAUCUAAAAAAAGUCAUGUAUCGGAACAUCAGAGAUUUCCUGUUGCAAUUGAAUGAUGAAGCUUUGAAGUUUUAACACAGCACAUAUUUCUUUAAUUUUAUUUUAAAUUAACAGAUAGCAAAUAGGCAUUCCUUUCUUUUUUUCUUUACUGGAGUUUUUCGUUCAGCUUUUUGGGGAAAUUUUCUGUGAACAGAGUUUAAAGCGUCUUUGUUCUUGGGUAUAAUUUUAGUGAAGGUAAUACAAGAGGUUUGUUUAUAAUUAAAGCAGCUUGCUUAAGGAUGACUUUCAUUCCAUAAUUGACCUUACUUUUAAUAUUUAUGAAUGAAUGUGCUAUUAAGGCCUAAAAAAAGAUUGUUUGUUUCUGGUAACAUGCUAAAAAAAACAGGGUAGGUAGAUUGGUAAAUUUUGUUGUUGUUUUUUUUGUUGUUUUUUUAUUAAGUGGGAUUUUUUGGAAACUAUUUUUGUCUCAAAAAAUGAAUACAAAUAAGGGGGUUAUGCCUUUAGAGCAUCAGUAAGUUGAUUUCUAACAUCACUGACCAUGUUUAAAGCAUAAAAAGUGCAGUACUGCAACUUUCUGUUAGAAAGUUCAAAAAAAAAAAUCUCCAAGGCCAUAAAAACAUUUAGGCUCAGGCCAAAAAUUUAAGGUAGGUCAGGAUACCAAAAAACAAACAUUUUUUUUAGGCCUAAUGAAUAAAUGCACAAACACCUAUGGAACUGUACACAAAAGUGCUUAGAAAAUAGUUUUUUGUAUUAUUUUGAUUCCAUCUAUUAUUUUUAGAAUAAAGGUUUGCAAGAAAAAGAAUCUAUGUGCAUGGAAUAUCUGGCUCUAGGGUAACUGUUUCUAUGGUAACAUGGCAAAGCAUCGUUACCAUAUGAAGUUUACUGUCGAGCUGUAUAUACCAAGCUACAGCUAAAAACAACGAUUCUUAUAAAUCAAACAUUACAUACUCUUGUUAUAAAUGGAAUUCAUAUAAAUUUCAAUGGGAGAUAUUAUUUUUGAGGUAUUAACAAAAGAAAUUACUAAUUGAUAGUUCAUUUUAGUUCUUUCCUGGCAUUAAAUUUGGUAAGCUCAGUGGAAAAGUGUUGUAUGAUAUCAUAAAUCAAAAGGUCAAAGCAAAAGAGGUCUAAGUGCAUUAUAGAAACACUUAAUACAGUUUUGCUCUCACCCUUUGAAAUACUCUUACAAUAUCUUAGCACUGUGAUGAAAUUAAAUCUUGAGGACUGAACGGAAAACUGCCCUGAAUCCUUCUUUAUUUGGUAUGAUAUACGCCAGUUUUCCGUUCAGCUCUUAUUUGUGAAAUAAAUUAUUUGGAAUGUAUGUAUGCUGGGCUGAAAAGUCGAGUGGUAUACAGUGCCAGAAAAUAGUUCAAAUAACAGGUAUUUCCAAAUUAGGAUUCACAUGCAUUUCUAAUGUUCAUCAAAUUACACAUAUUACAGACGUUAAUAAAAUGUUUAAUUUAUUGUUUAACUAACAAUGUUGUCAACACUUGUCUUCCAUCAAUGGGGAACAUUAGUCAGUUACUUCCCCUGAUUAUGUCCAAGAAGUAGAUUGGUCCUUCCUCAUUUUUUAGCUCACCUGUCACAAAGUGACAAGGUGAGCUUUUGUGAUCGCGCGGUGUCCGUCGUCUGUCGUCCGUCCGUGCGUCCGUAAACUUUUGCUUGUGACCACUCUAGAGGUCACAUUUUUCAUGGGAUCUUUAUGAAAAUUGGUCAGAAUGUUCAUCUUGAUGAUAUCUAGGUCAAGUUCGAAACUGGGUCACGUGCCAUCAAAAACUAGGUCAGUAGGUCUAAAAAUAGAAAAACCUUGUGACCUCUCUAGAGGCCAUAUAUUUCACAAGAUCUUCAUGAAAAUUGGUCAGAAUGUUCACCUUGAUGAUAUCUAGGUCAAGUUCGAAACUGGGUCACGUGGGGUCAAAAACUAGGUCAGUAGGUCUAAAAAUAGAAAAACCUUGUGACCUCUCUAGAGGCCAUAUUUUUCAUGAGAUCUUCAUGAGUAUUGGUCAGAAUGUUUAUCUUGAUGAUAUCUAGGUCAAGUUCGAAACUGGGUCACGUAGGGUCAAAAACUAGGUCAUUAGGUCUAAAAAUAGAAAAACCUUGUGACCUCUCUAGAGGCCAUAUUUCUCAAUGCAUCUUCAUGAAAAUUGGUCAGAAUGUUCAUCUUGAUGAUAUCUAGGUCAAGUUCGAAACUGGGUCACGUGGGGUUAAAAACUAGGUCAGUAGGUCUAAAAAUAGAAAAACCUUGUGACCUCUCUAGAGGCCAUAUUUUUCAUGAGAUCUUCAUGAAUAUUGGUCAGAAUGUUUAUCUUGAUGAUAUCUAGGUCAAGUUCGAAACUGGGUCACGUAGGGUCAAAAACUAGGUCAUUAGGUCUAAAAAUAGAAAAACCUUGUGACCUCUCUAGAGGCCAUAUUUCUCAAUGCAUCUUCAUGAAAAUUGGUCAGAAUGUUCAGCUUGAUGAUAUCUAGGUCAAGUUCGAAACUGGGUCACGUGGGGUUAAAAACUAGGUCAGUAGAUCUAAAAAUAGAAAAACCUUGUGACCUCUCUAGAGGCCAUAUUUUUCAUGAGAUCUUCAUGAAUAUUGGUCAGAAUGUUCAUCUUGAUGAUAUCUAGGUCAGAUUCGAAACUGGGUCACGUGGGGUCAAAAACUAGGUCAGUAGGUCUAAAAAUAGAAAAAACCUUGUGACCUCUCUAGAGGCCAUAUUUCUCAAUGGAUCUUCAUGAAAAUUGGUGAGAAUGUUCAGCUUGAUGAUAUCUAGGUCAGGUUCAUAACUGGGUCAUGUGCGGUCAAAAACUAGGUCAGUAGGUCUAAAAAUAGAAAAACCUUGUGACCUCUCUAGAGGCCAUAUUUUUCACGAGAUCUUCAUGAAAAUUGGUGAGAAUGUUCACCUUGAUGAUAUCUAGGUCAAGUUUAAAAGUGGGUCACGUGCGUUCAAAAACUAGGUCAUUAGGUCAAAUAAUAGAAGAACCUUGUGACCUCUCUAGAGGCCAUAUUUUUCAAUGGAUCUUCAUGAAAAUUGGUCAGAAUUUUUUAUCUUGAUGAUAUCUAGGUCACAUGUGCUCAAAAACUAGGUCACUAUGUCAAAUAAUAGAAAUAACGAUGUCAUACUCAGUUGAACACUGGGUCAUGUGGAGAUAGGUGAGCGAUUCAGGACCAUCAUGGUCCUCUUGUUAUAGUUGACUUCUUUGUAAUUUUCAAAAGCAAUAUCUUUACUAAAUUUUAUUAGAUUGGAAAAUGAUUAAAGACAGGUUUUCUUUUAGUGGCCCUCUGAUAAAUUUAGGUUUGAUUAAUCAUUUUUAUUUAGAAACCUACACAUAACAAGCAUAUUUAUUUUGACCAACCGCAACAUCUUGGACAAAGGUUAUAACGAAAAAGUCAGAGGAAUCCAACUGAAUGGGACCAAUGUAAUAUUUGGUUAUCCUUGCACUUUAUCAUACAACUUUUCAAGGGAAGUAACAAGCUAAUGUUCCUCAUUAAAUUCAUCAAACUCAGGGUUAUUUGUAAUCUUAUAACAUCUGUAUGUAAAUAGUUGUUAACCAGUCUGUAACUUUAACAUAAUUAUAGCUGCUGAAAAAAGCAGGUUAUAAUUUUUUGAGUUUUUUAAUAAUUUUUAAGUAAAUUAUUAUGAUAUAAAAUAACCAAGAAGACACAUUGUUAGUGGGAGACGCUCAAAAUCCCCUCGGUCAAAACCCCCUUGGCUGAAAAAUGACAUGGUGGUCAAAAUCCCCUCAACAAAAAAGACAGGGUGGUCAUAAUCCCCGCAAUGGACAGUCAAAACACCCUUGGCCAAAAUGAUGGGGUAGUCAAAAUCCCCUCAAUAUAAUAAUCCCCUUUACUCAAACAUCAAAGUUCUCUUUUUUUAUGCUCCGUCCCUUUUUAUGCAAUGGUAUGUCAUACAAUAUGACCAUCGUUCAGGAAAAUAACCAAUUUCAAAUAUUUUGUUAAACAAAGAAUACAAUACAGGUACUAGAAUAUGCUUGCCAUGCAUAAAAAAUUCAUUGAUAAUUAAAUCUGGUCCACCACUUCUGUCACUUUUUAAUUCUUUAAUUGCCACAUGUACAUGUACCUCAUCUAAGGAAAUUUGACAGUUCAGUUCCCGAAACAUUAUCUUAUACUCAUUUUUUCAGAAUCAGAAUGUUAAUAUUCAAUUGCAAGAAUGAAAUUUUGCCUCUUAAUUUCAUAUCACUGAGAGGAUUUUGACUAUGCAUCAAGGGGGUUUUAACUACACAUUGAGGGGGUUUUGACUACACAUCAAGGGGGUUUUGACUACCCCAUCAUUUUUGCCAAGGGGGUUAUGACCACCCUGUCAUUUUUGUUGAGGGGAUUUUGACCACCAUGCCAUUUUUCAGUUGAGGGGGUUUUUACUGAGGGGAUUUUGAUAUACACUCUUCAGUAGUUUCGGUUUUUAUGUAUUCAUGAUUUAUUGUAAAAUUUGUGCAAAUAUUGUUUUGUUUGUUUUGUGACUUUGAUACAAUUUUGACCAUACAAAUUGUUUUUAUUAUAUUGUUGAUAUUUAGUAUGUGCAAUAAUAAGAUAUAGUUAAAAUUCUCAGUUUGUGAAAGAUAUUUUGAUCUUACAAGUAAAACAAUUUUUCAUUUUAGGUUGACUAUACAAAGCAUUAUGUAGAGCUGUCCUACUAACCCUGGCAUCCAUUAGCAAAUUUGAAAUAUUGAGUAUGUUUGCGAGGAUUUAUAUUCAAGAGAUUUUAAAAAAUUAUCCUGCUUUUUUUUUUUUUGAAGUCUGGUGUUCGUAAAAGUAACAUCAUAAAGCGUUAUCUAUAGACAGGUAUGUUUUAAAUGUCUGCCAUAAAAAUCGAUCACUAGUAAUUGUAUGGAUAUUUUAAUACCUCUAAUUAAUUAACCUGUAAACCUUGAUGACUCUAUACUGUAACAAACGUGGCUUUACAUGUAAUCCAUAUCCAGUGACAAAAUUUUUUUUUGUUUAGGUCACCUUUUCUCAAUAACUGUAAGAGCUACAGCUUUGAAUCUUUGUACACUUGUUAAUCAUCAUUAGGGGACAAUGUAGGUCAAGAACCAUAACUCUGACCUGCAUUUUGUCAGAAUUAUGGCCCUUUUUGUACUUAGAAAAUCAAACUAUAACUCUUUCCUUACAUAUUAUCCAGCACUUGCAGAUGAGCAAUGACAUCCGUAGGCGGUGCUCUUGUUUUAACAUUUCGGAACACAGAGCAUAUUCAUUUUUUAACAAAUACGGCCAUUUCCAUUUGAUAAGUUGAAGAGGGUUUGUGCAAUAAUGAUUUUCUUGAAUUGCAUUAUACUACUGGUAAAUAUUUACGCAAUAUUUAUGGAUUAAUGUUUGUGACUCACAAAUAUAGUGAAAAUUAAAUCCUUGUAAACAUUUCUGCUUUUACUGUAGUAACUGUUUCAGUUUGGUGCAGCUGAAUAAUUUGAUGUUGGGAUUUACUAUUUGAGGUAUUUAAGAGUACAAAACUAUAUAAGCCUCUUUUUAUGUUUUGUUGUAUAAUUAUAUAUAUAUAUAUAUAUACGAGGGCUGUUCAAAAUGUGGUCGAAAGCCCCCUUUCGUGUAUAGUGCAAUGUGAGAUAUAUGAUUGCAAUUUGCAGUCUUUGUGUAAUUAUGUCUCCCACCACACAGUAUUGAUUUACUCCCGUCUGUGUGUGCGUCAGUCUGUCACAAAUCUUUUCCGCACUCUUAAGUUGAACAUUUCUCAUCCGAUCUUCACCAAACUUGAACAAAAUGUGUUUGCCAAUAAGUCCUCGGCCAUGUUCGAUAACUAGCAAGAUCGGCCCAGGCACUUCAGAAUUAUAGCCCUUGAAACUUGCUUUUUUGAUAAUCAAAGCACUGAAAAUCUGAUAAGGCAGUUGAUGUCUUGUUAUAUGGUUGACUCAUAUACUACUGCUCAGAUGAUUAGGCAGUUAUGGGAGACAUGCGCUUUUCUCAAAAGCAGCUCUAGUUUGGUCAUACAUUUUUUGUAACAUUUUUGUUGAUAUGCAACGUGUGUAGAAUGUUACAUUUACCAUAGCUAUGCAUAACCGGUGCAGUUGCUUUUUCAUCCAUCAUGAUUUGAAUUUGACUGCUAAUAGCUGCACAGAUUUUACCAGAAAAUAUGCUGAUGUACAGCACCACAUCAAUGUGACAUACUCAUUUGGAUAUGGGAACAAUGCUUGAAUUAAGUGAGUAUUACUGUUAAUUAUAAUGAACGUAAAGUCAUCAUCUGCUCACAUAGAUAAUCAGAUAUUUGCAUAGUUAUAUAGAGAUUUUGGCAAACACCCACUGAAAUUUAUAAAUUAAUGAAGUCCUGUGUUUGUGGUGCUCUGUGCUUCCGAGAAAUAUACCCUUACCUAUUAUCUAAUUAUAUGAACAUAAUUCCGUCAAAUUAGCAGUGAAAAUAGGAAAAAGAUUGCAAGUCAUGAUGGUGUAUUUCUUGUUUCACUUCAUUAGACUCUAGUAUAUAAAAGCUAGAGACAAAGUCUACGUUAUUUUUAAACAGCCCUUGUACCUAUAUGUCAAAAGAUGUAUCUGUGAUAAAUUUAACACUAUGCAAUAAAAUCAAAUUAUAAA